ACUGGUUGAGAUAUUUUGACACCGGACCUGGCGGACCUUCUGUAUUUCCCGUAUUUCCGACACAAAGAUGCGCCACCGGCCAACCGCCCCCGCCGGCGGACGCUAUCGAAAACAAACCGAUAGCGCAGAAUCAUAUGACCACGCUCUCCUCAGACCUUGACCCGUUCGCUCGGAAAAUCUUUCUGCGUACGUAGAGAUCGGAGCGCGCCAGCGAGCGCAGUAAACCGUGCUACGACAUGCCAAGCAAAGCAAGCAACGAGUCAACCAUGGCCGCUCCUGUCGUGUCAGCCGAGUCAGUGGAAGGCGUCUUCAACAUGAUUUCUGUCUACGUCAACGACGACCUAGUCAACCAAAUCGGUGGAGUCUUCGUCUUCGACGUGAAAGGCGAGCCCAGCAAGUGGUACGUGGACCUGAAGAACGGCAAGGGGUCCGUGGGCAAGGGGGACCCGCCCAAGGGCAAGGCAGACGUCACCUUCUGCCUGGAGCGCGACACUUUCGUCAAAAUGUUCACGGGCAAGCUGAACCCGACCAGCGCCUUCAUGUCGGGCAAGCUCGCCCUCAAGGGGGACCUGCCCAUGGCCAUGAAGCUCGACAGGCUCAUGGGCGAGAUGCGCUCCAAGCUAUAGCCUAUACACUAAUGUCGGGAGCUUCCUUCAACGGGCAGAAGGAAGCAACUGCUUUUAGAGCAUUUCCCAAACAAAGUCCUCUAUUUGUGCGGAAUCAGGAAUUGAGAUGCAUGGCACGUGUGGCCUCGCAGUCAAACACUCGUGACGCCCGUGUGUUGAACGCCCCGCACGGAGCUCCCUUGCCUCUCUGCACUUUCUCGGUGUCGUCGCGAGGAAAGAGAGAUGUUCUUGAAAGGACGUUGUGAGAUUGCAUCUUACAAUGUUCUUGUAUGGUGCAAUUCUGCAUACCACAGGUAACCUCUAAAUCAAAAUAGAGCCACAAAUUCUGUUUGUUUGCUGCCUGCUCCUUGCUUCUUGUUGGACAUGUUUGGAGCUAUUCAAGUGUGAGGGCUUUGGAGACCCUACAUAUGGCAAAGAAUGUUCUGAACAGUUAAAGGCCCAAAGUUGUAAGCAAACAUCCGAAAAUCAGGGGCUCACCAGGAGGCUUUUAAAGCAUGCGUAGGCAAAAGCAAUGAUAGUUGAACAAGAGAUACAGCUGGAGAGCUUAGCACUGCUUAGAAAGAAAGGCGUGUUGGAUUUCAUGCGAGGCAUAAAAUGUCUCGCCUCAAAGCAGCAGUUGAAAGCCUCCUCGUUUUGAGCUGUAACUAUCAGGCAGGAAACAGUCUAGAGCUGCACGCUGCGUUGACGUUGUCGAGGCGUCGGCCCUCGAACCCAUUGAGGCACGUCCUCCCGACGAGACAACAUAAAAAUCGUGCCGCCAACUGAACGAGGAAUGCAUAAAAGAAAUGUUGUUUGUAAAGGUUGUAUAUUUACUUUCACCUCUGUCCGUAGCUUGUAUUAUCGAACACAUGGAGGACUCCUGUUUCGUUGCUUCUCCUUGGCACACCAGUGAACAUGGGUAAAGACUUUGUAGCAAUAUUUUUGCAACCCACGGAAAAUAAAUGUUACCAGGUUUUUGUUUAUUCUAAUGAGGUUGUUAGAGCACAGAAAUUUCCCUAUCUGCGCGCCCACAGGAAACCACUUGAUUCUACAAAACUGCCAAUGCUGAAAUUGGUUCCGAUGAUUACUCCCAACGCAGGAAAAGGCUAACAGAUAAUCCAGCAGAUUCUAAGGGAGCAUGUGGGAGCUGGUCUAUACUGAACAUUUUGAAACAGACCAAGGAAUACAAAAGCUGACACCGAGAGAAGGUCUUCUCCUAGUGUCAACUCUCGUAUUUCUCGGGUUGUUUCAGAAUGGAUAGUCCUACUCAGGGCCAAACCACUUUCUGAGUUUCUCGUAGGGCGGUUUACAUCGCUGCUAGAUUUUCUCAAGGUGUCAUUUGGAAAGGUCAAGCUCAUGUGACUGCGAGCUGUGUCCACUGGUUUCACCGGUGCAACAUCCAUGCAUUUGACUACCUCGGCAGACGUCUGCCAAGCCGGACGAAAAUAAGAAAUUUUGCCCAAAUGAAACGAUGGACUUGUUUGGAAGCUCUUUAAUUGGAGUCAUUAGUGGCUGUGGCCCGCUGAAAUGUUGGUCAUGUGCUGCCGGUUCAGGCAGUUGGGUGUGCAAACUUCUUGCGCAGAUGAUACGCACAGAAAAGUACCCGAUUCUGUCGGGCUCCCGACAAAAUGUGACUUUUGAGAUGCCGAAAAUAAAGAUUGUUGAUACGUUUCA